CUUUCCAUAACUUAUUUGAUUUUAUAUUGUAUUUUAACGGAGUUUAACUAUGUACAAUGUCUUAAGCCUCCUGAUUUAAUGACCUGAUAAAUCCAAUAAACAACACAAAUACAAGGGAAAGUUGCUCUGGAGCACCACUGUUGAGGAUAGAUCUGAGGUUAGACAGAAGUAUGUAGUACAACAGGAACUGUCUCUAUCCUAGUGCAUUGCAGGCAAUUUGGGGAUAAUUCCCAGCUACUCCUGACAAACGCCUAAGCUGAUCAGGGUAAACUAGGAGAUGUAAUAAAAGUGGGAACCGUGCUUGUCUGCCUUCCUGCUUCCGUUGAUAUAUUUGGGACAUAAAAGUUUUCUAAAUUCAUAUAGUGUGGGGAGUCUCGGGGAGUUGUUCUGUCUAUGUUCCUCUCCCGCUCAUUAUCAGCAUUUGCAUGUCUUGCUGUGCAUUUUCUCUGUAUGCACCUACAUGUCUGUCCCUGCCAGGAAAGGCCAGGUAAGCGCUGAACACAAUUCCCUAUCUGCCCAGCUGAUAACAAGGAAAAGGUUAUCUCUGAUUAGUGUACAUCUCCAAGUUCUCCUCCACCAAGAAAGGUCUCUAUCCCCUCCUGCUGUUAAUUGGGGAGAUGGCCGGAAAGAUGCUCAUAUCCACCUGGAGAUAUAAAAGGGACUCAGCUACACAGAAGCUGGCAAAAGGCAGUUGUGCUGUCGCAGGAAACCCAAUUCCUGUCUGUCUUGCAGAGCUCUCAGCCAUGCCCAAGUUCCUCCUGGCUCUGAUGCUUGGAGUGCUGCUUUCAGAGAAAUGGCUGGUGAGUGAAGCUAGGACACCCCCCUAUGGUGUCAAGCUGUGUGGCAGGGAGUUUAUCCGUGCUGUCAUCUUCACUUGUGGAGGAUCCCGCUGGAGACGAGCAGGAAAUCUUAGUGCUCUCCUUGGGGGAGAUCCUGCAGAAGCAUUUGAUGCAACAUCAUUAUCCAAUGAAUGGAAUCCAGUGCAUUCCUCCCAACAGGAUCCCUCUGACAAUUAUGGGAGCUGGCAAGGUCGGCAGAGCUAUGCCCUCUCCGAAGAGCCCUGGCCUUUGGAUCGCGGAGCCCGAGAUGUUAUGGAAAGCCUGAGCAAUGCCUGUUGCAAGUGGGGCUGCAGCAAGCGUGAGAUCAGUUCUUUAUGUUAGGUAGUGGUUUUCAUUUACCGCAUGUGUUCCUUGGUUAAAAAAAUAAAAUAAAACAAGGAAGUAUGCUAUAGCUUGAAGAUUUAUUAACCAGCAUGCACGCAUAUGCAACAUGAAUUCCUCCAUGAAACAUCCAUGCCUUUCAUCAAAGUAGACACUGAUUGUCAAAGAGGCCUAUGGAUCCCACUUACAUGGUUAUACUUACUUAUAAAGUGCUCCGCAGGUCUCACAUGAAAGCCUUGUUAACACUAUUUACAUGAAUUGUAACUUCAUCAAUGAGCCUCAAUCACAACCAGAAUGGACAGUUACAUUCCCUAGUCUCCUGUUCCACUCAGUUGAAAUUAGUAGAGCUGGAUCUGCUGGAAUGGCUGGGCACCAAGGAAGGUUCAGGGCAAAAGGAGAGAAUGCCUGGUGGAAAAGUAUAAUGCAAUGGCUUUUUGAGUGUUGGCGAGGGUCACAAAUGUUCUCUCACAUUUGAUAAUUUACAAAUGAACUCAUGGUGAGAUGGGCAGCAAACAAAUUCAAUAAUCAACCCAUUUUUAUUAUGGUCACACACCAGCAUUAAAUUUAAUUAAUUAAUUCUUGGGUUGGUAUUCAAGUUAGUCUCACAACCAACAGCUUUCAGGGUGGUGGUGCUUCCAUGGUUAUUCAUUUGAUCUCUUAGAGAGGAACUAAGUCUGCUGCUCUGAGAUUAAAAUGACCAUAAAGCAAAGCUGAAAAGGAAAAAAAUGAAACGAAACAAGUUAAUGAGAUGCACUAUGUUGACUCAGAACAGUUUGGUUUAAUGGGGACACUCAACAUAGAUUUGUUUUAUUUUGAUGGCAUUAGUAAUUCUCAAAUUAGAAACACUACGUGAUGUUUGCACAACAUUUCCAAGCAACUAAACAAGUUUAUCUUCCUGCAAACAUCCUAAAAAAUGUUGAGAAGAGCUGGAAAAGUUUAAGGAAAAGCCAGUGACAUUUCUCAGAGUGGUUGUGUGCAAUUUUAACUGGAACAAUCUGCCAUAAUACCAAACUUUGAGAAAAUGUAAAUCAUAUUAAUAUUGUAUUUUCUUCUGCAACUGGGCUAAUAAAGGAAGACCGACUGGUGGGGUAUACUGAAUUGUAUAUGCCAGUUUUCCCACUAAUCUACAUAUGUGAGACUACAACUCAUGCUAUUCUUAGCCAGAAUUAUAAGAGAGUGGUGGUCCGAUAGAUCAAAAGGAUGCACAUAUUGUGGAAAAGAAUUGGCCAAUUGCUAGAGAGAGCUUCAGAUUUCCCCUCUAUAAUUUUUUUGUGCAUUUGUGGAACUCCAGAUGGGCACAAACCUGCAACUCUAUUUGGAUUCUGCAGAUGAAAAAAAAUGUAUUUCUUACUAAUUUUCAGCACUUGCAAAGCAACGGUAAAUGUAAAAUAUAACUAGGUAGCUAAAAGUGUAGGUAUCCUUCUUGUCCCAAACACAUUUCCAUUUCUAAUCUUUGCCUUACACCCCAGGCCCUAUUGUGUUUUGGCAGUCAUGUAUUAUACAUGUGUGGCAUGUGCCUCUUAUUGUGACAAUCUAAUAUUAAAUAUGCUCAAUAAACUUAUAAAUUUAUAUUGUU